UCUGCGCGCUCCUGUCACUUUAAAGGGAGCGCGCUCGCAACAUUUAAAUCUGAUCCGUUGCGUCACUACUACACGUUUGUCGCGGGCGUUAGUGGAGUUUACAUUCAGAGCACGGAGUAAAAACACACAACACACACUCGUUACAGAGGAACGGGAUAAUGGCGUCUGUGAGUGUGGUGGGGCAGCACCCAGUUCCGCUCAGGCUGGACUCGGAACCUCUGCUCUUCCAACUACCCGGCAGCAGGAAGAAAAUCACCCUGCCGAGGAAAUCGUCCCGGGAGAAGAUGAUGCUCAGGAGAAGCUCGGGGAGCGGCGGGGAAUGCCGGUCGUUCACAACCGAAGGGGUAUCGAGAACUCACCCCUUGUCUCCGGGAGCAGCGGGUGAAACGGUGGUGAGAGGAGGGUUAAAGUCUGGUGAAGGAUGGAGAGGUCCUGCUGCCCCUGCUGCGCCACGUAGCGCAGAUCGGGAGACAGAGGAGGACCGCGCGGACUGCGUCAGGAGCACCGCAGCCGGGUCUCAAGAAAGUCUAAGCGCGCACAUCAACAGUGACUGCAACAGCAUCAUCGACUGUGACUCAAACCGUAACACGGUCGGUGUGAGGGGUACUUCGCUCAAGAGGUCAGGCAUCAAUGUCAUGCCAAGCAACGCGGUUACGAAUGGACACAAAGGAGGACACCGGCACCGAGACGCGCCACACGGGAGAUGGGACACCCGGAGCGGAGACAGCGGACAUCAGAGCAUCUCCUCCUCCGUACCAGCACAAGGAGACAGCGGCAGUCUCCAUCUGGAGCGACUCACACAGGGCAAGACGGGAGUCGUCAGGCUGGCCCGCACCGAGCCUCCCCGCAGGGAGGCCUGGUCCAUCUUCCCCCGGGGUGUGGACCCUCGGGUGAAGACAGAGAGGGGCGAGGGGCACCGGUUCGAGUCCAAGCCCUGUACGCAGGACUGGUGUGACGCCUGUAGCCGUCAGAUCACUGCACAGGCUCUCAAGUGUCAAAACUGUAGAUACACCUGUCACCUGGAGUGUGAAAGCCAGGUCCAACUGGACUGCAACCGGAAGGACAAAAAGCCCGAAGAAACUCAAUCUCCCAGAAGACUCUCCUCGUCCGCAGCCCCUCAGCACACGCAGAAGGAAGCAAAGGAGGAAGAUGGAAGAGGAUCGAAGGACCUGUCAGAAGAAGAGGUGCAGACAAGGAUAGAAGAGUAUAACGCUCAAGUCUCUGAAACUGGCAUGAAACUGGCUUCAGACGGAUCCUACACAGGCUUCAUUAAGGUCCACCUGAGACUCAGUCGACCAGUCACAGUCCCCGCUGUGGAGGCGGCGGACUCAGGGGGAUUGUCCAGGCAGACGGCUGGCCGCACUCAAUCACCGUCAGAAUGCCAGGAAGGGACGGACUUUGGGCAGAGCGAAAACAGAACCUCCUUCUACCUACCGUGCGUCUGUGUGAAGCAGAUCCACAUUAGCUCUCUAACCACCACCAGAGAGGUCAUCCAAGGUUUGCUGAAGAAGUUCAUGGUGUUGGACAAUCCCCGCAAGUUUGCAUUGUACAGACAGACACACCGCGAUGGACAGGAUAUGUUCCAGAAGCUUCCUCUGUGUGAGCGUCCUCUUAUUCUGAGGUUAACAGCAGGGCCCGACCCAGAGAAGCUCAGCUUUGUCCUUAAGGAAAAUGAGACUGAAGAGGUGGAGUGGCAUGCAUUCUCUGUCCCUGAGCUACAAAACUUUAUGGUAAUCCUGGAAAAAGAGGAGGCGGAGCGUGUACGGGCAGUAAAGCAAAAAUACACUGUGUACCGGAAGAAACUACAACAGGCCCUACAACAACAUGACCCCUGACCCCGUCACCUGUUACCUUACGACCUCAACCCAGGGACAGACGAACCCUCUAAACGCUGACCCCUCAAGUCCCUGGAUCUAUUCAGAGACCGGAGUCAGAGCUGAACUCAUCCUCCACCCUCUGCACAUACACCCAAACAGACAGAACAUUCACGCAUAGAUGCAAACCCUUUCUCAGGACGCAUAUAAGCCCCCCCCCCCCCCACCAUCCACACAUCCACUCCCUGAGUAGAGAGUCAGGGGUUGAAAGUGACAUGAAAGGCUACAGGGGUGUGUCGCCUGAUAGCUGGUUGGAUAAGCAGUGUUUUCAUCGCCAAGGACACACACAGAAAGAUCAGAGCAACACAAGAUCUGAAACUCCGACUUGAGAUCUCAUUUGGGACUGAUAUGAAUCGUUAGUGUUUUUAAAGAUACCCUCUUCUUCUGCUUCUGCUGCUACUGUUGCUACUGCAAGUGUUACUUAUGCAUGAGUCUCUCUCAGCUCAUCCCCCUGCACAUAGAGUUAGAAGUCACACAGAAGGCAUGAAUACUUUUUGAUGGAAGGACAAUCAUACACAGUGUUCUAUUUAUUUUAUUUUUCUUGGAAUUGAUGUAUAGGGUUAUCACCAGAUCUAUUAUUUUUAUGCUGGAGUAUAAGACGUGUGGAUUUGUGAGAGAGUUGUUUAGGGUCAGGGUGAUUGCUUUGGAUGCUAAAAUAAGAAGAAAGGAAAAAUAAGGAAAUUAUCAGAGAAAGGAUCUCACCAUUCUCUGUUUUUUUCUCAGGGACCAUGCAUUGAGCAAAGGAGGAAAAGGAACCAAAUUCUACCUUACAACACCCAAUUUUUAGCCCACUUUGUCCCAAAUCUUAGCGUUUUUUUAUUUGUUUCUAUCAUUUUAUUUUCCUAGUUUAAAGCCAUGUGAAGAGCUGCUGUCAGGAGCGUCGCUGACAGAAAGGUCUUCAAACCAACCCAGAUACCGAUCCACUCCCUACACACAAACCUUAACUCUUUGCAGAUAACUGUGAUUUCAUUUUCCCUCCCUAAAUCCUGAUCCAACCUUGCUUGACCUGCUGAGGAAGGCAAUCCACAUACUUUUACAGAUUUAACACUUUAUUGUAAAAGUGAUUUUACAUGGUUAAUAUAUGGGUUGCAUUUGAAUGUGAGUUUUUUUUUACACCAAAGCUUAGAGAGACAGAAGAUUUUAAAUGAAUGACAGUCAUCAGGACGUUUAUCUGAUUAAAGGUGGUGUAUGUAAAGAAUUAAAUCAGCUUCUGUUUUGCACAUUUGGAUGCAGGUCACUGAAUAGCCCGCAACUCUGGGGCUGGGAAUGCAUUUCUGCUUCUUUUUUCUUGUCUUUCUCUUUUUGAACUUUUUCAACUUCAUCUUUCACCCUAAACAAAUAUAUAAAAAAUGAAUGAUGAUGGCUAUGAUGUACCAAUGACGUGGUUGCAAUGCAUAUGUAUUAUGUAGACACUGGAAAAAGUUUCAAGGUUAAACUUUGUUGUUAUUACAAUGAAUAUUGAUAGUAUUUUGGCAUCAUUCCUACUGGUGAGAGAGAGAGAGAGAGAGAGAGAGAGAGAGAGAGAGAGAGAGAGAGAGAGAGAGAGAGAGAGAGAGAGAGAGAGAGAGAGAGAGAGUGUGUGUGUGUGUUUGUGCUCACAAUGUGAAUUGUGUUUUAAAAUUGUAAGAGUGUAUGUGUCAUCAGCGCUCCCUCAUUGGUCCUCUCUUAUCAACUAUUAAAACAUCCAUUGAGUGCACACUUAAUACACCAGAUUACAACUGCAAAUUAGGUUGUUAUCAAAAGAUAUCUGGCAUGCAUGUAUCAUAAAAUUAAGGCAUUUAACCAAAGCAUUUACUGUAAACAUUUCCCGCACACCCUGAGAUAGAUGAAGCUUGUCGUCCAUUAGCACUUGUUUCUCAGUGAACCCAAACCUGUUCUUUUUUUUUUUUUAACGCCAUCACCCAAAGCCCAAGCUGUUCCUGCUGGCAGUGCCUUUUGUUGCAUGUGCCCCUGUGGAUCAAUGUAAGGUGUGUUUUAGCACACAGGUGCCUGAGUGUAUGUGUGGGUGCUUAUGCAUGUGUGAAAAAUCUGUGUUUCUUGGGUGGUGUCAUUUUUCUUUCUUCCCCCUACCCUUAACACAUUUGUCUUUCCAACAAAACCCCUCUGUGUGGGUGCGUGUGUUUGUGUGUGUGGUGAGUGUGGUGCGUGUUAUUUAUUUCAUGGUCCACCUCCUCCGUGUGAAAUAAUGUCAAGGAUGUUGAGACUUAAUGCUUUUUUUUGCAGUUUAUUUUGUUGAAUUUGGAAAAGUGUGUAUAAAUAUAGCAGUAGAACUGUACAGAAUAUCACAAUGAAAUAAAAAGGAAAUCCCUUUAUUGAAA